GCGAGUUUGUGUUUUUGGUGGGUGGGGGGAGGCAUGAAUGUCAGCACAAGCCAGUCCAGGGACAGCAAAGCUGUGAGAAGGAGAAAAGCUUGGAAUGUUCAAGAAACUGACAGCAAGCUAGUGUGGCUGGAGUGUGCUGAAGGAAGGGAGUGUCACCGAGGUAACAUUGGAGAGAUUUAAUAUUCCUCCCUCAAAAUGGACCAACCAUGAGGAUAUUUUCUCUACGUGUAACUGGGCAUGUUACUUUUCUGGGACACUCUAAAAUUGGGCCAUUUUUCCUUGCGUGGUGAAGAGAUGUUUGCUUUCCCAUAAUGAUUAGGAUUUUAGCUGCCUCUGGACAUUUCUGCCAAGUUGGAGCCUGUCACUCACCUGGAACAUCCCACACCGAAUGGAAAGGACACUCUAAAGCCAUGGAGUUUGAACAGACCCAGGGCUCUCUACCAUGAGCUGCCAGGGAGAAAACAACAUCCAGGGGCGCGGUAGGCCUGACUUGGCAGCCCGAAAGGUGAACAAAAGGAUCCUGGCUUUGGCGAGAGCAGAAGGAAGUUCAGCGAGCCUCAGCCCCAUCCCAACCAGAACAGAUUUGUCACUGACGCUAAUGAGUGGCUGCUCUGGGGGGUGGCGCUCCCUGGAAGCUCCACAGCGGCUGCUCUCAGGUUUUCAGGUCAGCUCUAUGCAAAGCCUUCCAGAAGGGGCAGGGGGUGAGCUGAUGAACUCCACGGCCGAGGGGUUUUCACGUAUAUCUGGAAGACGGGACACAGGAAAGAGCGAGAAAAUUUUCCUCAGCUUCUACUGAGUCAGAAAAGCUCAGCUCCCAAACAGACUGUCCCCUGAGGCCUCACACAGCUGGGAACGGAUCCACAAUACAGCCAAGGCACCUCACCAUGGAUUAAUGACAGCUACCCAUGGGAAUUCAGAUCUAAGAAGAGCUGAAAAGAGAAGGCACUCAUCCAGGUUCAACAUCAAGUUGAAAAGGGGCAUCUUCACCUGCUCAUGAUAUGAGAAAAGCCAAAGGAACUUUCCUCUGCUGAGACUCUGUUAGUCAAAAUCUGACCAAGAGCCAUCUUGCCAUCAAUGGCUUCCGUGAUGUCACCCAUUUCCUGGUCCCGAUCGACCAGUGCCCUCCUCCUUCCUUAGGCACCUGUGCGCGGAGGUUGAGGCUGGGCACUGCUCGGGCAGCGCAAGGAGCUGCGGGAUUCAUCCGCAGGGCAGGAGAGCUGAGGGGCUGCCGCUCUGAGAGCCCCAGACGGACGCCUGACAAGGUUUGUGGGUGGCUCCUAGAAGAUCUUGAUUUGCUCCCAAAGGAAUAUUAUUUUACUGGGUUUGUUUCCUGUCAAACUGUGCCCCCUGGUCAACCAUGAACCAGCCAGACCCUGCCGAUGACGCGGAUCCCAGCCCUGCAGCCCUGUGUGUGGUGUGUGGCCAAGCCCACUCCCCUGAGGAAAACCACUUCUACACCUACACGAAAGAUGUGGAUGAUGACCUCAUAUGCCACAUCUGCCUGCAAGCUUUGCUCGACCCUCUGGACACUCCCUGUGGACAUACCUACUGCACACUCUGCCUCACCAACUUCCUGGUGGAAAAGGACUUCUGCCCCGUGGAUCGAAAGCCUCUAGUUCUGCAGCACUGCAGGAGGUCCAACAUCCUGGUCCACAAGCUUCUCAACAAGCUGCUGGUGACCUGCCCGUUCGUGGAGCACUGCACUGAGGUGGUGCAGCGCUGUGACCUUGAACAUCACUUUCAGACCAGCUGUAAAGGCGCCUCCCACUAUGGGCUGACCAAAGACAGGAAGAGGCGUUCUCAAGAUGGCUGUCCAGAUGGCUGUGCGAGCCUCACAGCAACAGCACUCUCCCCAGAGAUUUCUGCAGCUGCCACCAUCGCCUUAAUGACGGAUGAGCCUGGCCUAGACAACCCUGCCUACGUGUCCACAGCAGAGGAUGGUCAGCCAGCAAACAGCCCAUUGGACUCUGGCCGGAGCAACCGAACUAGGACACGGCCCUUUGAGCGAUCCACUAUCAGAAGCAGAUCUUUUAAAAAAAUAAAUCGAGCUUUGAGCGUCCUUCGAAGGACGAAGAGUGGAAGUGCAGUUGCCAACCAAGCUGACCAGGGCAGAGAAAAUUCUGAAAACACCACUGCCCCUGAAGUCUUUCCAAGGUUGUAUCACCUGAUUCCAGAUGGUGAAAUUACCAGCAUCAAGAUCAAUCGAGUGGAUCCCAAUGAAAACCUCUCCAUUAGGCUUGUGGGAGGCAGAGAAACCCCACUGGUCCAUAUCAUUAUUCAACAUAUUUAUCGUGAUGGGGCAGUUGCCAGAGACGGCCGACUACUGCCAGGAGACAUCAUACUAAAGGUCAACGGGAUGGACAUCAGCAAUGUACCUCACAGCUACGCCCUGCGCCUUCUGCGGCAGCCCUGCCAAGUGCUGCGGCUGACAGUGCUGCGGGAGCAGAAGUUCCGAAGCAGGAACAAUGGACAGGCACUGGACACCUAUGGACCUCGGGAUGACAGUUUCCAUGUGAUUCUCAACAAGAGCAGCCCUGAGGAACAGCUUGGAAUAAAACUAGUGCGCAAGGUGGAUGAACCUGGGGUGUUCAUUUUCAACGUGUUGGAUGGUGGUAUGGCGGACCGACAUGGUCAGCUGGAGGAGAACGAUCGUGUGUUAGCCAUCAAUGGACAUGACCUUCGAUACGGCAGCCCAGAAAGUGCAGCUCAUCUGAUUCAGGCCAGUGAAAGGCGUGUCCACCUCGUCGUGUCCCGCCAGUUUCGUCAGCAGAGUCCUGACAUCUUUCAGGAAGGUAGCUGGAACAGCAACGGCAGCCAGUCCCCAGGGCCAGGGGACAGGAGCAACACUCCCAAGCUCCUCCAUCCAGCGGUCACUUGUCAUGAGAAGGUGGUAAGUGUCCAAAAAGACCCCAGCGAAUCUCUCGGCAUGACCGUUGCAGGGGGAGCAUCACAUAGGGAGUGGGAUUUGCCCAUCUAUGUCAUCAGUGUUGAGCCCGGAGGAGUCAUAAGCAGAGAUGGAAGAAUAAAAACAGGUGACAUUUUGUUGAAUGUGAAUGGGAUUGAGCUAACACAGGUCAGCCGGAGUGAGGCAGUUGCAUUAUUGAAGAGCACAUCCUCCUCGGUGGUACUUAAAGCUUUGGAAGUCAAAGAACGUGAGGCCCAGGAAGACUGCAGCAGCCCAGCAGCCCUGGACUACUCCAACCACAACACAGCCCCACCUGGCGACUGGUCCCCUUCCUGGGUCAUGUGGCUGGAAUUACCACGGUACCUGUAUAACUGUAAAGAUGUUAUAUUACGAAGAAAUACAGCUGGAAGUCUGGGCUUCUGCAUUGUAGGAGGUUACGAAGAAUAUAAUGGGAACAAACCUUUCUUUAUCAAAUCCGUUGUUGAAGGAACACCAGCAUACAAUGAUGGAAGAAUUAGAUGUGGUGAUAUUCUUCUCGCUGUCAAUGGCAGAAGUACAUCAGGCAUGAUACAUGCUUGCUUGGCAAAGAUGCUGAAAGAACUUAAAGGAAAAAUUACUCUCACAAUUGUUUCUUGGCCUGGCACUUUUUUGUAGAAUCAAUGAUGGGUCAUAGAAAAAUGAGAAAUCACAAAUAAGCUAAGUUGAAACAACGUAUUUAUCUUGUCAAUUUUUGUAUUUAAAGGAUACACUGUAAAAAAUGUAAACUUUAAUUGUCAGGAAAAGUAUGAUCUAAAGAAAGCCAAUGACACCUCAGAAAAUAUAAC